AUGUCUAUGAGGUUGAACGACGAUGCCAUGAGGCAGUUUCGGGUGGCCAAGGUGUUUCAGGAGACGGACGAUUACAAGCUCUCUCUGGACUUCUCCUUGGACGGACGACGCCUGCUGUCAUGCGACCGCUCUGCCCUCUCGGUCUUCAGCAGCAUUCGACAGACGGAGCUUUGCCGGCUUCACAUGAGCCACUACCUUCCCAAGGUGGCCUGCUUCACACACCGGGAUACUCGCGUCCUGCACUCCACCUCAAAGCAUAACUUCGCCGUCCGUUGCCUGGAUCUCGAAGCCAAUCGUUGUAUACGAGUUUUCAGUGGUCAUACAAAGAGUGCCCAUACAUUGGCACCUCAGCCCGGGUGCGAUUAUAUGUUCAUCAGCGUGGGACUGGAUGAUCGAGUUUAUAUGUGGGAUUUUCGGACAUCGUCGCACACGUAUCUGAUAAAGAAUCUGAGAGCUCCGCUGUGCGCCUAUGACCCUGCUGGCUUGGUAGUGGCCACCAGCACGGGUACGGAACGUAUUGAGAUCCACGAUGUGCGGAUGCUGGCUGAGAAGCCAUGCUUGAAGUUCGUCUACCAAGUAAACGACAGCGCCAAGUGGACUCAGUUGCAGUUUGCUCCGAAUGGAAAGACCUUGCUGUUAAGCACGGAUCAUUCCUGGUGCUUCAGUGUUUCCGCCUUCGAUGGCUCCUUCCAGCAGUCCUUCACAGGCUAUUCGAACAGGACGAGGGUACCUCUGGAAGCAAGCUAUACGCCGGAUUCGCAGUUCAUCCUUUCUGGAGCGGAUGAGGGCAGGAUUCACAUUUGGCGGGCUGUCGAUGGAUAUCCUGUGGCCGUCCUUAAGGGCAACAAUGUAGGUCCUGUCUCAUGUCUGCGAUUCAGUCCAAAGGCUACCAUGUUCGUGAGCAGCGAUCUGCUGAUCGCUUUCUGGAUGCCCAUGGCCAAUGGGGUUUACGACUGGGAUGAACCCUUGCAUCCGGGGGAAUUGGCUUCCUUCAAAGAAGAGGAGGAGCCAAAGCAGGAUGUUGAAGUUCCCAGGGCCAUACCUAUGCCCAAGCCAAUAGUGGAUAUUGGGAUGACACGAAUGAGAUUAAGAAGAAAAAGAGCUCAAAACGAAAUUCCCAUAGUAGAUCUGACCAUAAACCAAGACAGGGAUUCCAUGGAAGAUGGUGAACUAAGCGAUGACUAAGAUUUGUAGAGAUCUUUUCGUAGAAUAAAUGUAAGGGUUAUCAA